CACUCUCUCUCCACCUCCCCGCCGACGUUACCUCUCUCUCUCUCUCUCUCUCUCUCUCUCUCUCUCUGUAAUAAUUUCCUAAUUCGCUCUGGGGUAAAGUGUUCGCGUAAAUACGCCAAUUCGUUGCAACUUUUCUGGGUUGUUAAAGAACAGUACUCUUAUUCAGCUAUUCUCUCUCUCUCUCUCUCUCUCUCUCUCUCUCUCUCUCUAGUAAUGGAGCCAGCCAAGAUCGACUGGGAAACCAUAAACUCUGUGUUUGUAAAAGACGAAUUGUUUGAGCACAUCAACGCUCCCCAGUGGGUCGACUUCUCUGCUCCUGACGAACCUAUUGACGAUGACGCUUGGUUCUGCAGACCCGAUUGCAAUCACCCCAAGACCAUCGAAGAUUUCCUCCAAGGGACAUCUCCUUCAAAGCUUCAGAGGUCACCUACCUUGCCUGAGAUCCUUCCGCUAGGUGAUCGAAAUACAAGAGAUGCUAAGUUGAAGAGAAGAGGGCUUGCCCAACCUUUAUUUUCAUCAGCAAAAUACUCAAACGAUGAUAGAUUUGUUGAAGAUGGAGAGAAUCAGAACCCUAAUUUCCCCACGACUCCAAGUCACCAAUACAACAGCUGGAAAGCAGCAAUCAAAUCAAGUACAGAGAAGAAGCGUAUUGAUAACUCCUCACAAAAGCAAGAGAGGCCACACCUUAGAAGAACCCCAUCAGCGCGAAAUUUGUUUGGGGGACGCGAUAUUCUGAGUCAGAUUACGGAUUUUUGCAAUGAUUUAAAGAAAUUGGCCAUGAGGGCGAAAGAGAGUGAAAAUGCAGAGAGGGGCUAUGGAAAGAAGAGUCCAGUGGUUGCGAAGAAAUGGAAGGGAAAGGAAUGUGAUGGUGAGAAUAUAGGGGAAUUGGAUGUGAGGGAGAAAGAGAGGAAGCCAUUGCUUGAGGUGAAUAAAGAGAAAUGUGAGAUAGUGGAGAAGAGCAAUGUCAAGGAGAAGUUGAGGAGGAAGAAGAGAGCUGAAGAGGCAGAAAACAUCCCAAUCUCCUUGGAUGUGAAGAAUGUAAAUGGCAAAGAAGGUGACGUUUUGUCGCAAAUUAGAAUCUGUCCUCCAUCACCUCAAUGUUUUACAGUUGGUCGUGCCCCCAGCAAAGCCACCCCUCUGAAAGCUUCCAGAUCCAGGCCUCUGGAGAGAAGAAUCCUUGGAGAGCUGGACUGCUGCAAUACAGAGCUGCCAAAGGAGGAAGCUGCGGACAAUAAUAAUUGCGGGAGAACCGCCUCAAUUGUGGCUGAAAGAGAACCAAGAACCUUGGAUGUGUUCUGGUUCUUGAAGCCUUGCACACUUUCUAGCUAUAGCUAAAACUGUAAGCCUGAAUCAUCGAAAUCAUUCUUUCAUUCUUUUAAUUUUUUUCCGCCUUUAGAGUUCAUAGUUUCUUCUCAUCCAGCGUCUCGAUUAUCAAUCCAAUCUUUGUUGUCCAGUUAGAUUUCCUCACUGUUGUUCGCUUUCGAUACAUUUGCCUUGAGGAGAAAAAAAAUUUGUAAUUAAGAAGCCAAUUGUUCAACACUUGUACUCAAAACCAAGUUCAGUGAAUAAAAUGUACCAGUUGAUUCAAAA